GUAAGUAAGCAAUAAUGAUGUGUGUAGAACUGGUCGUGUAAAAUGAUUUCUAUUCUUACCAAACGCAUACAAACAGUUUUACGCAGUUUUAAAUGAUAAAAGGCUUUAGUAAUAUAAAAUUUGUUGUACAAACAAUAGAAAAUUUAUAUAUUUAUUAUUAUUUGAUACAAAUAAUGUUGAUUAAUAUAAUAACCUAAUUGGCAGUAUAGACUCUUUACCCCUGCGAGAAAAGAUUACCCAAAUCACACCUAAUAUACAUACGAAAAAGUCUGACAAUUUAAGGAUUUGUGCCGCGUGACAUGUACCUUCCUUAGUCCUAAGUCCUAACAAAAACCGUUUUGGCAAAAUGCAUUAUUUCAAAUUUUUAAUGUAAACUAAUGGAUAGCUUUGUUUAUUAUACGUACGAAAGAAGAAAAAAAAAUUAUGUACGAAAUAAACAAAAAAAAUUAUCUAAAAAAAUAUAACAAGAUUAUAAGUGACUACAAAAUGAAUCAAUUGUAUUAUUUUUGGAUAAAUUCUUAACAUCAAGAACGAGGAUGGUGGGUGGGGAAUAGACGUUGAAAGCCACAGUUUUAUGUUCUGCACGGUCAUCAACUACAUCUGCCUAAGAAUCUUUGGAGUAGACCCUGAUUAUGAUGGUAAAACAAGUGCGUGUGCGAGGGCUCGUAAAUGGAUCAUUGACCAUGGUGGUGCGACCUAUACGCCAUUGUUCGGAAAAGCUUGGCUUUCGGUUCUUGGAGUGUAUGAAUGGUCUGGUUGCAGGCCCAUACUGCCAGAGUUCUGGUUCUUACCUUCUUAUUUUUCUGUUAACGGAGGCACUCUCUGGAUUUACUUGCGGGAUACUUUCAUGGCAAUGUCCUAUUUGUAUGGUAAAAAAUUUGUAGCUACACCUACACCUCUCAUUCUACAGCUUCGCGAAGAGCUUUACCCUGAGGCGUAUAAUGAAAUUGAUUGGAGCCAAGCUCGACAUGCAUGCGCCAAGAUAAUUAAGAUUAAUCCUUACAAACCAAAAUGNGAUGCCGAAGCAGGCUCUCCAGAGGAACUCUCUGAGGUUGAACAGGCUCGAAAGAAUUUCUCAGAAAAUAGGUCACUAUACAAGGCCAACGCGGAUCUCCUAUGGCGUAUGCAGUUUCUUAGGGAAAAAAAGUUCGAACAGACGAUCCCGCGAGUGAAGAUAGAGAACGCGGAGAAAAUAACAUUCGAAGACGCAAGGACGGCUCUGAGAAGAGGAAUACUUUAUAUGGCAGCGUUGCAGUCUGAUGAUGGACAUUGGCCUGCUGAAAACGCUGGUUGUAUGUUCUUCAACGCCCCCUUUGUCAUAUGCUUGUAUAUCACUGGCCAUCUGGAUCAAAUCUUCUCUCUAGAGCAUCGGAAAGAGAUGUUGCGUUACUUAUACAUUCAUCAGGUACUUCCUUCAUGACUCAAUGGAACAACUCUUUAAA